ACUACUGAAUACUAGGCCUCUCAAUGGGUGUCCAAUUCCUCUCAAAUGCAUUGUCGCUCAAUACUGAAUGAAAUUGAAAGCUCAGGUGUUAUGACAGGACAGACACUGACCCGUGAGACAGACGUUAGACGAUUGAUGAGAUGAUCAGACCAUUCCACACACGCACUCACACACCAUGUUUGGGGGCAUUCAUACCGUUAACUCUCUUGACGUUUUGUACCGUUUAAUCACUGACCCUAUCGUUACGUAUCGGACAUAAUAAUAGAUGUCUCCUAAUAUCAAUGCAAUGGUUAUGAAUCCUAUCAAUGCUUUGGUGUCACGCCUAUCGAAAUGCCUGUAGAGUCUUGUGGUGUGUCUCUCAUUCCUAUCAAUCGAUCCUUCCGUCCGUUUUGAAUACUGGCGCGAAAAACGCUGGCAAACGAUCCGUCGAUUUAAUAUAUAAAAGCGACAAAACGGUUGUACCAAUGAUUGGCGUAUCAGACCCUAUGCGUUAUGAGAAUCUGGUUGAGACAGUCUGUGACCGUAAAUGAUUGCAAUCCAAUGCAAAAACCAAUCGCACAUUCAGACAGAGAGAGAAAACAUUGUGUAUUUGUAUCACUCAUUCACUGUUAAACCAAAUCAUAACCGCUUUCUUUGGUUCCUUUAAUGUGUUUUUAAAUUGAAUGCCGAAUACCGUUGCGUUUAAAUCUCAUAAUAAGGACUUAAAGGACUUCAUGAGACAGGCCGGAGAAGUGACGUAUGCGGACGCACACAAACGCGAACGCAAUAUGGGACCCGGCGCCGGUCGAGGUCGCGCUCCCGUUCCCGCUCGAGGUCUCGCCGGAGCUCGAAGUCCAGGAGCCGCAG